GCUGGGGCAGGAUGGUGAACCUGCAGCUGGUGCACUCAGAUAGCAAGAUGAGUGGGGACGGAACCCAGCCCUCAGGUGGUCACAGCGCCCUGGGCCAGGUGGACACAGGAAAUGACCGAAACAGCCUAGAUUUCAACAGGCAGAUCAAAACCGAGGACCUCAGCGACUCCCUGCAGCAGAUGCCCUCACACCGGCCAUGCCCCCUGAGCCAGGGACCUGCCAUGAUGCCCGGAAGCCAAGUGUCCGGGGACCUGACGCCCCUCCACCCCCUGCAGCAGCUCGUGCUGGUUCCCAGCCACCUGCAGUCCGUCUCGCAGUUUCUGCUCUCUCAGGCCCAGCCAGGGCAGCAAGGUCUGCAGCCCAAUCUCCUCCCCUUUCCACAGCAGCAAAGCUCCCUGCUCCUCCCACAGCCUGGACCCGGCCUGGUGUCCCAGGCAGCGGGGCGCCCCGGGCUGCCGGGACCCUCCUUAGACGCCCACCUGGAAGCGCCCCAGCACCUCCCGGGGCCCAAGCACCUGCCGGGCCCCGGGGGGGCUGACGAGCCCAGCGACCUGGAGGAGCUGGAGAAGUUUGCGAAGACCUUCAAGCAGAGGCGCAUCAAGCUGGGCUUCACGCAGGGGGACGUGGGGCUGGCCAUGGGGAAGCUGUACGGCAACGACUUCAGCCAGACCACCAUCUCGCGGUUCGAGGCCCUCAACCUGAGCUUCAAGAACAUGUGCAAGCUCAAGCCGCUGCUGGAGAAGUGGCUGAGCGACGCGGAGUCCUCCCCCACAGACCCCUCAGUGAGCGCCCCCAGCGCGUACCCCACCCUCACCGAGGUGUUCGGGAGGAAGAGGAAGAAACGCACCAGCAUCGAGACCAACAUCCGCCUGAGCCUGGAGAAGAGGUUUCAGGAUAACCCCAAACCCAGCUCGGAGGAGAUCUCCAUGAUUGCAGAACAGCUGUCCAUGGAGAAGGAGGUGGUGAGGGUCUGGUUCUGCAACCGACGCCAAAAGGAGAAGCGGAUCAACUGUCCUGUGGCCACACCCGUCAAACCACCCGUCUACACGUCCCGUCUGUGACCUCGUCCUGCUCCCCCGGGGGCAGCAGGCCCUCCUCACCUGGCACUGGACUCCCCACCCCGCAGCACAGCAGCAAGGCCGCUGCCGGC